UUGAUGCCACUAUUAGUCAUUUUUCGUUCUAAAAUGUUUUGUUUAUGUAAUUGGAAUUGUGUCGAAAUUUGUGAACUCACUUUCGAUGAGUUUUUCCUUGUUAAAUUUUGCAAAGAAUAGGUUAAUUACACCUUGAUGUGAGGAUAUACCGUGAAAAAUGAAGGACAAAUAUUCAGUGAAGUCUUACCAAAAUGAUAUACCAACCAAUGGGGCAAAAUUUCACGAAGAUUCAAAGCUCAAGGUCGAUAUUGCUCAACCACCCAUGUCGAAACUUCGCAUACUGAAAAAUCUUCUAGUAUUGUGCUUAGGCUUCCUCUUCCUUUUCACUGCGUACCAAGGAACAGCAAAUCUGCAAAGCACUCUGAACACAGAAGACAAUGUCGGCGUCUUAUCACAAAGUGUCGUUUACGCAUCUAUGAUAGUAGCAUCUUUAUUUCUACCCAAGCUCAUCAUCCGAAAAUUCGGUUGUAAGACUACCUUAGUAAUGAGUGCUUUUUUGUACUCACCGUACAUUGGCGCAAACUUUUACCCAAACAUGUCUACAUUUGUACCAGCAUCCAUUAUCUUAGGUAUAGCAGGUACUAUGUUAUGGUCAGCACAAUGCACAUAUGUGAACGAGAUAAGUGGUCUGUACGCACAUCAAAGUUCCGAUUCAGACGAUGUGGUGACGGCUAGAUUUUUUGGUAUCUUUUUCUUAGUGUUUCAAAGUACUCAGGUAUGGAGUAAUUUAGUGUCGUUUUUCGUUCUGAGACCAACAGAAGAUGGUAGAAAUGAAACUUUUGUCUUAAUUAACAAUUACAAUGAGUCUUUUCAAUGUGGUAUUAACUUUUGUUUCGAAGCGAAUGAGAAUUUGAAAGUACCCAGUGAAGGAAAGAGGAAUAAUUUAGUUGGUAUUUACUUGCUGUGCGUCGGUGCGGCUGUCCUAGUGAUGGCAUUUUUCUUAGAUACAGUGCAACGGAAAAAUGUUGAUGAUUUGGAAAGUGUGACUUCCAGAAUUCUUGCCACACUAAAGCAUCUGAAAAAUCUGAAACAGCUAUUGUUGCUGCCUUUAACUGUUUUUAGUGGAGUGGAACAAGGUUUUAUUCUUGCAGAUUUCACAAAGGCUUAUGUAGCAUGUGCUUGGGGAAUCUAUCAUGUAGGAUUGGUCUUCGUAUUCUACGGUAUUGUAGAUGCAGUCGUCUCUAUUACAGCUGGUCGUCUCGUAAAAUACAUUCCUAGAGUAAUUCUGAUGACAGUUGCCUUUAUGGGAAACAUAGGCGUCUGUGCAGCUCUACACUUGUGGCAUCCUAACAGUGACCAAUACAUAGUAUUCUUUAUUUUAGCAGGUGUAUGGGGACUUAGUGAUGGUAUAUGGCAAACUAUGCUGUACUCCUUCUAUGGAGUACUUUUUCGAUCAGAGGAAGAAGCUGCUUUUGCCAAUUACAGAUUAUGGGAAGCUGCAGGGUUUUCUAUUGCAUUUGCUGGCAGCAGUCUAUUAUGCAUGGCACCUAAAAUUUACAUCGUUCUAAUCAUAUUGUCUAUCGGAUUCAUAGGAUACAUUGUUGUAGAAAUGCUCUUAUUUUUCAGAGAAGAAACAUCUGAGCAUUUAUAACAGGCAGUAAACAAACUGAAUUAUAUUGAUGCAAAAAUAAAUAAACAUCAUUUGUAAAAUAUCACAAAUCAUACCAUUAACUGUUUUCAUGUUGUUGAUCAAAAUAAAUGAAACAUUUCUAUACAAAGCAA